AUGAAAGCAUUGCAGAGUCAUCAGAAAAGUUACCUAUACAAGAGGAGUAAAGCACUUGAGUUUGUGUUUUUGAGAGUUACGCCGAUUCUACAGAGGAUAAGAGAGGUAGUAUAUCAGAUUUCUUUGUCGUUGCCGCUUGCUAAUCUUUAUGGUGUGUUUCAUGGAUCUCAGUUGAGGAGAUAUAUUCCGGAUCCGUCUCAUGUGAUUCAGGUGGAUGACGUGCAAGUGAGAGAUAACAUGAGUGUUAAGGCAUCACUAAUACAGAUAGAGGAUCGAGAAGUGAAGCAGUUGCAUGGUAAAGAAAUUUCCUUAGUGAAGGUAGUUUGGGGUGGACCAGCUGGUGGGAGCAUGACUUGGGAGCAUGAGAAGUAG